UGCAGAAAUGCGUAAAAAUGCUUCUCCAUUUUCCAUCGCAUAUUGAGCACCGCUCCAGAGACAUGAUUCUCCCAGGAAAACAAACCCUCAAGGACGUCACAGUAAUUCGUCCUUUGGUCCAGAUUGAACAGAUGGCGCCAUUGGUUGCGUAUGGAGGCAUAACGCGAAAACUGCCAUCUAUCGGCAAAAACAAAAUAAACCUUGGACCGUCCUGAUGUUAAAUGGCGUUUCGUGUUUAUUUUCUGCGUGUUCAGACGUGGUGUUGGUGCACCUGUCUUCAGAGGCGAUGGCGCGGAAUCAGUGUCAGUUUCGCAAAUCGCACCUGUAUAAGGAAUCAUCAACAAUGCAAGGUAGCGGUCGUGGACGUGAUGGCGGGGGCGGGCGUGCUGCUGCAGUGGGUGGGCGCGGGGACGUCGCCCGUCGACUGGUGCGAGGACAACUACACCGUCACGCCUCACAUCGCCGAGUUCGUCAAUACCGUGAGCAACGUGCUGUUCCUGGUGAUCCCCGGCGCAUGCAUGAGGCUGUGGGACAGCUACGCGCAGCACGUGUCGCGGGGCAUCCACGUGGUGUGGGUGUUCUUCACGAUCGUGGGCAUCUCCUCGGCCUACUUCCACGCCACGCUCUCCCUCCUCGGCCAGCUCCUCGACGAGCUCUCCAUCCUGUGGCUGCUCAUGGUGUCCUACGCGCUGUUCACGCCGGUGCACUUCCGCCCUCGGUUCCUGCAGGCCAAUCGGAGGAUGUACUACUUGGCCGUUUCGCUGCUGGCCAUCCUCAUCACGGGCUCGGCCUUCGUGCAGCCGGCGAUCAACUGCUACGCGCUCUUUGGCGUCGGGUCGCCGGCCAUCGCCAUGCUGACGGUGCAGGUGCGGCGGGCGAGCGACCCCGCCGUAAAGCGCCUGGGCAUGGUUACGCUGAGUGGCCUCGCCCUCGCCGCUACGGCCUGGGUUGGCGACCACAUCCUCUGCACCGUUCUCAGAGCCAUCGAUCUCGCCAUCCUCCACGGCCUCUGGCAUAUCCUCAUCUUCUUCAGCUCGUACAACACGCAGGUCCUCUUCUGCUACUUCCACGCCAUUCAAGAGGUGCCCGAGAAGAAGCCCACGCUAAGGUAUUGGCCGAACCGCUGGUGGGGGCUGCCAUACGUCUAUUGUCAGAGCUCCAGGCACGAUAAGACGCCUUGAAUUUGAAACACUCACUCGCUCAUUCACUCGCUCACCAUACACUCACACCUGCAAGGUGCACAUGAUUGCAAAACGCUUAUCACGCAUCUAGUCGGUAUUGCAAAGCAGUAGUCACAUCGACAAGAUCCUACUGGUGCAGUGAAGGAAGCGAAUCAAGCACUGCCCCAUGCUGCUGUUUUGACUAGUGUAUUAUACAGCUUGAAUUCGUUUAUUUUUUAUUUUCGUAAAAUGGUGCUAGGUGUCAAAGAACAUUUUUCUAUUUUUUAAAGAAGUAUCAAUUUGUGAAUUAGAUAUCAUUAUCUGCUAUAGUGUGUCUCUAUGCAUGUCAUUUUCUUUAUCCUUUUUAUAUCGCUCCUUCCAUCUCUCCCUCUUGACCUCUGUCCUCUCCUGCCCUGCCCUGUCCUCUUCUCCUCCCCAUUCCCUCCCUCCCUUGCCAUCUUUAGAAGUGAUUUCUUACAUAUUUAUGAAGUCAUUCCAUUCAUUAUUGUCUCAUUUAGUCCUGUGGCAUUCCACACUACCUAAAUAUUGUUCAGUGAUCCUACUGACUUGGUUCACUAAACUUAAUUAUAUUCUCACAUGUAAAUGCUCUUGAAAAUAUGAGCAUAUGUCUUACCUAUAAGAGUAAUAAGACCAUCUCCCAUUUUGGUAUCUGCUGUACAGUCUGGAUUACAUUUAGUUUAUAUGAAGUCAUCAUGAUGGAAAAUGUUUUGAAUAUUUAUUUAUUUUUUGCAAAGAAUAUUUAGGAUAUUUUCUGUUUGACUAGAUGACAUUUUAUGAAAAUAUUUUCCAAAAAAAAAUGCUUAGUGCUCUCUAGUUUUAUUGCAAAUGUACAAUUGUUUCUUUAGCAUAUAUGUGUAUUUUAACCAGAUGAUAGCUGCUAGAGCAUGUAUGGGAAGAUGAAGAAUGUAAGUGUGUAUUACAGCAAAGAACAGCCUGAAGUCUU